AUGGUCUUUAAACCAUUUACCCACCUCGCGCGCCAGAGUCUUACCAAAGCCUUUACACAUGGUUAUGCUCAAUCGGUUGUCGCCGCAUCCCAGUCCUACGCGUCCACAAAUACCCUUAACUCCAUCACACAUCCCGCCAAAUUCUCUCGCACUCAACUACAGAAUGCUUUCUCCAAUCCUUCCAGCUCGUCUGGCGCUGGCGCCAAGGCCAGUCACGCUUCGGGAAACGGUGAUUCUGGUCUAGCCGCCUACUACGCGGCAUGGCAACACGCUCAACAGACUGGUGAUGACAGCGACUGGCGACAGUUUCAGUUCAAGCGCAGUAUUGACUGGAAGCCAUCGGAGGAUGAGAUCAACCAGGCCCAGGAGGAGCGAAGCGACUCUGUGCCUCCUCAUCUUACCAAGGCCGCUGUCAACGAGAAUGUGAGCGCUCAGGUGGAGGAAGCUGUCGCGCGUGAGAUUCAACAGAUCCAGGAUGAGCAUGCUCAGAGCGAGGAUACUGUGGAGGCCAGCCAGACAACUGCGAAGGAUUCCGCCGUAGAGGAUGUGGUCAUCUCAGAGGAGAUUUCGCAGGAGGCUCAGGCUGCAUCGGAUAAGAUUGUUCAGCUGGCUCAAUCCAAGAAUUUCGCGGAGAUCCCAGCUGCAUUCGAAUCAAUCCUUCGCGAGGGUCUGACCCCGACCGUGGAAGCAUACAAUGCCCUCCUGUUCGCUGCCAUUCAACUCCAUCCCGAAGCUGCGCAGGCCAUCCCCAAGGCUCUCGAUGUUUACUCCGAUAUGCUUCGUCGCCGCGUAAUUCCAGAUGAGGAUACCUAUGAGACUCUCAUUCAACUUCUGGUUACCCGAGCGAAUGAUGCCAUCAAGGCGAAGGAGGUCUUGGAGCAGGAGAGACUUCGCUAUGGUGGAAUGGAAGAGCCUGGCAAGUUCAUGCUGCAGUCAAGCGAAUUGGAGCGUGAUAUUCUGGCCGAAGACCACUCUUUGCCAAUCGCUGUGAAGCUGUUCGACACUGCUACUACUCGACACGCGCGACUGGCAUUCCCCCUCAACAUGUAUCGCCAUCUUAUCAUCGCAUGCGCCCGCGAGGGUAUGGUUGACGAUAUGGUCCGCAUCUAUGCCCAUAUGGAAUCGCGUAAAGUCCAGCCCCAUGCCUCUAUCUUCCCAUACAUGAUUGAUGCCUUCGCCAGUACAGGCGAUCUCAAGAGUGCGGUGGAAUGCUACAACGAGUAUCGUGGUCUGGCCGUCUCAGAUGACAAUGGAGUUUUCACCAUCGUUCGACGCUUGGAUGGUCAAGUUUAUGCUGCCCUUCUCCGUGCUUACUUGUCUUGUGGCAAGGAAGAAGGUGCGAUGAACUUCCUCGAUCGAAUUCGCUCUUCAUUUGACGACGUUACUGAGAACCGCGAGAGCCGUUGGGCUACCGUGGAGGCUGUCAUUACCCAAGAUGCAUUUGUGCAACACUUUGUGAAGACUGGAGAAUACAGCAAGGCUCUCGAGAAGGCUAAGGCUGAAUUGAGCGAUGAUGCUCGGGAUCAGGCCAUUUCCAAGAUCUGUGUUACUGCGGCUGACGCAGGCGAUCUGACCACUGCCUCUGAAGCAUAUGAUCGUUUGUCCACAUCGCCCGCAACUCGCCAGGUUCCCGCUAUUUCUCUGCUCGCUCUUCAUAUUCGUCGGGGCAAUGUUUCCGCGGCCCGUUCCUUGUGGAUCAUGCUGAACACCGUGGGUCAGGCAACCCCGGAUAUGGUUCAGCCGACCGCCAUGUACGCCGUUGCGUUGUUGAAGAGUGGCCAGAUUGAAGAUGGUCUGCAGGAGGCUCGUAACAUGUUUGCUCGCAUCCGCAACGCCUCUGCCAAGCAGGUCACUGGCACUACCGCUGUCCGGGAGCAGAUUACCGAGUCUCUUCACAUCUUCGGACGGGUUCUCGUUCAGAACGCUACUGUUCUUUCUCCCCAAGCAUCUAUGGCUCUCUUGUGGUCUAUGGUCGAGAAUGGCGGUCUGGUCUCUCCUCUCGCUGAACAUGCCGUCGCUAACCUCGGACCUAUGGGUAUCUCCCAAUUGAACCCUGCUGACCUCACUCUUGCUCUCCAAGUCCAGGCUGGUAUGCUUAGCAGCACCAGUGCUAUGCUGUUCGAUGUGGCGCACCCUGUCCGCUUCGCCCACAUGGUUGACGUUGCACUCUCUGCUGCUCUUCCCCUGGACGGCUACACUACUGCCAUGGUUGACCAGGCCGUCAGCAAGCUUUUCACCAGCCGCCCCGAUGUUGUGAAGAGAUGGCAGGACCACAUGGAGGCCACUUCCCAGGCUUCCGUUCUGUCUGAGCGCCACAGCCCGGUCUCCAUGGCUGAAACCUCCAUCACCGCCCCGUCUUCUAACCCUGAUUCCUUCGACCCUUAUGCUUACGCCACCGACUUCCGCGGCUCUGCCAUCAUUGCGGAUGAGCUCGAGAAGACCGCUGGACGGCCCGAGUCCCAUCUUAACGAGGCUCUGAUCCGGCUGAAGAACAUGCGUCGUAUUGGUCGUCACCCUCGCUACAUCACAUACGCAAAGCUGAUCACUGCCGCUGCUAAGAUUGGUCGCUCGGAGCUGGUCCAUGAGAUCCACAACAUGGCUAGAGCUGAUGUCCCAUUGAACAUGACUCAUAACGCUGUGAAGUAUGGCUGGGUUUCAAUUCUUGAUGCUAUGGUUUCCGCCUGCCUUACUCUCGGAGACCGUCAGCUCGCUGGUCAAUUCCACCAGGAGCUUCUCACUCUGGGAUCUGCGCCUUCCGCCAACACCUUUGGUCUGUAUAUCACUACUCUGAAGGAGUCCACAAAGACUUUCGACGAGGCUACUGAGGCCUUGAAGAUCUUCCACCGUGCCGUUGCUGAAGGUGUUGAGCCUACCUCGUUUUUGUACAAUGCACUUAUCGGAAAGCUCGGCAAGGCUCGUCGUAUCGAUGACUGUCUUGCUUACUUCGCUGAGAUGCGUGCCAACAACGUCCGUCCAACAAGUGUCACCUACGGAACCAUUGUCAACGCUCUCUGCCGUGUUAGUGAUGAACGCUUCGCCGAAGAGAUGUUCGAGGAGAUGGAGUCCAUGCCUAACUACAAGCCUCGUCCUGCUCCCUACAACUCCAUGAUCCAGUACUUCCUGAACACCAAGCGCGAUCGCAGCAAGGUCCUGGCCUACUACGAGCGCAUGCAAGCUCGCAACAUCAAGCCCACCAUGCACACCUACAAGCUCCUUGUUGAUGCUCACGCUUCCCUUGAACCCGUUGACAUGCAAGCUGCCGAGAAGGUUCUUGAGUCUAUGAAAGCUGCUGGCCAGCAACCUGAUGCUGUCCACUACGCCUCCCUGAUUCACGCCCAAGGUUGUGUUCAGCACGAUCUGGCCUCCGCCCGCAAGACGUUUGACAAUGUUAUCGCUGACCGCCGCGUGCGCCCGCAACCAUGCCUGUACCAAGCUCUGUUCGAGGCCAUUGUCGCCAACAACCGCGUCGCCGAUACCACUGAAAUUGUCCAGGGUAUGGUGGCACGUAACAUUGAGAUGACCGCUUACAUCGCCAACACCCUCAUCCAAGGAUGGGCCACAGCCGGCGAUGUCACCAAGGCCAAGACCAUCUACGAUAGCAUCGGCAUUGAGAAGCGUGAGCCUAGUACCUAUGAAGCUAUGACUCGCGCCUUCCUCAGCGCCGAUGACCACGUCAACGCCGCCAACAUCGUCCAGGAGAUGGUGUCGCGCGGAUAUCCCUCAGCUGUCGCCAGCAAGAUCAUCGAUCUAGUCGGUGGCUCAUCCUCCGCCUAA